AUGGCAUUAACUUUACCUGUGCACAUAAGCAAGGCGUCUUUAACCUUCGUUGCGGAGGCUGUUGGAAAUGUAUUACAGCUUCAAACUAGAAACUCGCAUUUGGUGAGAAAGCUGCUAUGUACCGAAGGGUUUUCAACUACUUUCGGAAGUGCCUAUCAAUCUCGCCAAAACUCGUCCAAGUCUCGCCAAAUCUCCGUGGGUGUGGUUGGUGCCGGUGGAAUCGCCUCCAGCGUCCAUAUCCCUAACAUUCUGAGCAACCACCGAAUACAGCUCCGUUGGAUUGUAGAGAACAAACUGGAAACCAUCGAGACAGUACAGAAGAGUUUAUAUACGGAAGUAUCUUUCCACACCUCAGAACAUCUAGAAUCACUACUGGACGAUUCGAGCAUAGCGGCUGUGUUUGUUCUGACACCCACACCGGAGCAUCGUGACAUCGUCCUGUCUGCACUUCGACAAGGUAAAGCGGUAUUCACAGAACAACCUGCGGCAGAAAACGCGGCUGACAUCCAGACACUGUAUGACACUGCCGCCAGCGUGGGGCGCCCCCUGUUGACAGGAUUCAACAGACGAUAUGACCCAUCCUAUCGCCAUGUAUACGACUGUUACAAAGACGGCCAGCUCGGCAAACUACAACUGUGCAGGCUCACCGUGCGCGACUCUCCCAAGCCUUCACACGAACUAAUGCCGACGAUGGAUACGAACGAGUGUAAUAUAUUAAGCGACAUAGCGGUGCACGACUUCGACUUCAUGGCGUGGAUCAUGAAAUGUGCAGCGCCGGAAUCCAUUCAUGUCGUCGCGCAUGCCCACGACCCCGUCGCUGUGGAAAAAGGUCAGCCUGACGUCAGCAUAGUUACCAUGAAGUACCCGGAUGGUGUCAUCUGUUUACUGGACUCAGCACGGGAAUCUUGUUAUGGCCAUGAUUUCAGAGUUGAGUUGUUCGGAUCUCAAGGCAUGGGUUCAUUCGAUAACCCACCACUGAGUCUGACCACCAAGAAACUUGACAUCGGCGCCCUUCAGAAACCCAUGAUGCACACCUUUACACAGAGGUUUAGCGAUUCUUUCGAAAUCCAGCUCAAUCAUUUCCUCGACUGUGUAGAAGGUAAAUGCUCCCCGUGUGUCACAAAGGACGAAUGUGUCUUGACGGCGUUGAUGAUAGAAGCAGCCGUGGAGUCUUACAAACAAAACAAAGUCAUCAACUUCCAGGAAUUUGUAUCAAACAGAGACGUCUAG